CAUCAAUCAGGGCGCCUGCUGCAGUGGCGGCUAGUUUAAAGAGUCUCUGUUGGAGGGCUGCAGCAGGCUAAAAGCUCCUCUGCAUUUUCUGUAAACAUUUUCACAAUUACGUUUCACCCGGAGGAGAUGCCAAAACACAGCAUGCCUCUGCAGGAUCUGCCUUGUGGGAGUCUCCAGGGCUCCAUGUUGUCUCAGUCCAACAAGAUGAACAAACGCAAGUCCACCUACGGCUUUCUGAGCGAGGGUCUGGACAUGGAGUGCACCCCCACGGAGUCUAUCCAGCAGUGGUCCCCCCACCACAAGCACCAGCGGCUCCUCAGCAUGGGGAAGGAAAAUGCCUGCAACCAGUUUGUCCUCGCCCGGAGAUCGCGGAGGAAAAAGGAGUCCACGUCAUGUAUUUCCUGGGACCACCUGCCCGACGAGCUGCUCCUCCGGAUCCUCUUCUACAUCCCUCUGCAGGACCUCCUCAGGAUGUCCACCGUGUGCAAGCGCUGGCAUCGCUUGGCGUUCGACGAGUCUCUGUGGCAUAGCGUGGAUCUGGAGGGGUUGACCCACGUGGGUCCGGCUCUGCAGCAGGUGCUGAAGACUGGAGUCCGCAUGCUGCGCUGCCCUCGCUCCUUUAUGGAGGAGUUCCACUUCACUGGCUCAGGCCCUCUGCAGAUCGUCCUGAUGGAUCUGUCCAGCUCCAUGAUCCCCUCCUCCUCUCUGGAGAGCAUCCUCUGUCACUGCCGGCUUGUGGAGUACCUGAGCCUGGAGGCGCUGCAGCUGUCCGACGCCAUCAUCAGCUCUCUGUCGAUGAACCCCAACCUGCUGCAGCUGAAUCUGAGCGGCUGCUCCGGCUUCUCUGCCCCCGUCCUCACUCACAUGCUGAAGUCCUGCACCAGGAUAGAGCAGCUGAACAUGUCGUGGUGUGACUUCGACAAUAACCACGUGAAGAGUGUCGUUAAUAACGUGAACGCCGGUGUCACUCACCUGAACCUCAGCGGGUACAGAGAGAGCCUCACACUGGAAGAUGUGAAGGUGCUGGUGGCCAGGUGUCCAGAUAUUCAAGCGCUGGAUUUAAGUGACAGCACCCUGCUGAUGGCCGACAGCUUCCCUGUCCUCCGACAGCUGAAGGGUCUGCUGCACCUCUCCCUGAGCCGCUGCUACCACAUCCACCUCGCUGCACUCACGGACCUGGGCUCCAUGUUCCCACUGCUGAGCCUGCUGGACGUGUUCGGCAUCGUGAACGACAGCCACCUGUCCUCCCUGAAGAAGGAGCUGCCUCGCAUCAGCAUCAACUCCAGACCGUUCUCCGGCAUCGCCCGGCCCACGCCCGCCACCGGCCUCACCGGCAGCUUCAUGUGGAACAGGAAGUGCCGGCUGAGGUUCAGACUGUAGCCGCCCUCUGUUUUCUGAGUUACGUGUCCCGGAGCCAUGUCUCGGAGUGUUUGCUGCUACAGAUGUUUUAGUGGGUUAAAGGUCACGCCUCUGAGCCCUGAGAUGCUUGACGUUGAAUCCAGUUCUUGUUGGAAUGGAUGGAUUUUUGAAUCAGUUUUAGGUUCUAAUAAUGUUUAUUUAAGAAUGUUUUGUAAGGGAAACAUGGUUUUAAAGACCGUCUUUUAAAUACCUGAGACUUUGGUUCUCUGGUGGAAUAAUGAGGAGGGGGUUUCAAAGAAUGUAAAAUGAUGAACACACACUUCUCCUCUCCAGCUGUUUUUAUCGGUACAUGGAUCUGUAGGGUCACUGCUCCUAAUCCUUUGUCAGAUGUGAAUUUUAACUUGUAGCUGUUCCCUUUUCUCCUGAGUCUUUGCAAGUAAACCACUGAAUGCACAAA